UGGAGGGAGGGGUAGGUUAAACUGAAAAAGCGUUGUUGUUGUAGCGACCGCUGACUGUAGUGGUUGUGGAAAGUGGCGCUAUCGGAGUGUUGAACCAUCGGAUCUCCCAUUUAAAACUACGAUUUGGAGCAACAUACCGGUAGGCGCAAAUAAUCGAAGGAGGAAGUGGAUGAUAUAGAAGCCAGCCUGGGUCCUCCUCCAGAGAAGAAACCAAAUGGGGAAUCUGUUAAAGGUGCUCACUUGCACUGAGCUUGAGCAGGGGCCAAACUUUUUCCUUGACUUUGAAAAUGCACAGCCGACAGACAGUGAGCGGGAGGUGUGGAACGAGGUGAACUCUGUCCUCCAGGACUCUGAGAGCAUCCUGUCAGGCCUGCAGGCCUACAAGGGAGCCGGCCAGGAGAUCAGAGAUGCCAUCCAGAACCCUAGUGACAUGGUUCUACAGGAGAGGGCAUGGAAUGCCGUCUGCCCCUUAGUCAUCCGCCUCAAGAAGUUCUACGGCUUCUCUCUCAGGCUAGAGAAGGCCCUGCAGAGCCUGCUGGAGUGUCUGACGUGCCCCCCCGCCUCCCCCACGCAGCACCUGGAGAGGGAGCAGGCACUGGCCAAGCAGUUUGCAGAGAUCCUCCACUUCACGCUGCGCUUUGACGAAGUCAAGAUGCGAAUCCCUGCCAUCCAGAAUGACUUCAGCUACUACAGACGAACCAUCAGCCGGAACAGGAUCAAUAACAUGAACUUGGAUAUUGAGAGUGAGGUGAAUAAUGAGAUGGCCAACAGAAUGUCUCUGUUCUACGCUGAGGCCACGCCCAUGCUGAAAACCCUGAGCACCGCAACCACAAACUUUGUUUCCGAGAAUAAGACCCUCCCACUGGAGAACACCACAGACUGUCUCAGCACCAUGGCCAGCGUCUGCAAGGUCAUGCUGGAGACACCUGACUACACCAGCAGGUUCAACAGCGAGGACACUUUGCUGUUCUGUAUGAGAGUGAUGGUGGGUGUCAUCAUCCUCUACGACCACGUUCAUCCCAACGGAGCCUUCAACAAGUCCUCCAAGAUUGAUAUGAAAGGAUGCAUAAAGGUCCUGAAAGAUCAGCCAGCGGACAAUGUGGAAGGUCUCCUCAAUGCCCUCAAGUUCACCACAAAACACCUGAACGAUGAGUCCACUCCGAAAAACAUCCGAACGAUGCUUCAGUAACGUUUCUUUUAUAUAUAAAUAUAUGAAGAGGAUCAAUGUCCUGACCUCAAAAGAUGUAUAUGUUUACAUAAUUUAAAGACUUGAUGUUAAUACUUACAGAACAUAUAGAACAUGUACCUUUCCCUUACGACAAACGCAUGGCCUAGGCUUACGCUAUUCCCUGUUCAAGCACAGACUCUAGAUACCUUUCAGCCUUACAGACGAGGCAGGCAAGCUGCACUUAGAAACUUUGUCUCUGUGAGGAGGGGAGUAGGAGUGGACCAGGGGGGUAUUCCAGAAAGCAGGUUAUGCAACAUAACCAGGUAAGUUAACCCACCAGCUGAUUCACAAUGUUGCAGCAACCUACUGCCAAUUUUGCUACAACGCUUGGUGUCAGCUGGGGAGUUAACUUACCCGGGUAUGUCACAUGACCUGCUUUCUGGAAUACCCCCCAGGCCUGCUCAUCAAGGGUUCUAUAUGAGCAGGAAUAUGCACACUUGAUUUGUCUCACCUGGUUUACUGGAUGUAGGUGGGUUUCACACAGUUUAAAUGUUCCACUAGCUAAAAUUUCUAACGACCCCCCCCCGGUCCAUGUAGUGCACCCAGGAAGGUAAAUCAAGUGUACACAUUUUUGGUGGGAAAAAGGUUUAAUGGUUAUGUUGGUGACGUUCAGAUGAAGUGUGCUUGGUGAUGUCAGGACUAGUUGUGCUUGUUUUGGGAUCACAGUAGAAAAGGGCAGUACGCACCACAAGAGAUGAACGAAUCAACCAAAUUAUGUUUUUAUUCACAAUGGAAUGGCAGAAAGUGGGAUGAUAAAUGUCUUUGUUUUUCAUGUGUGCGGUGUGUUUUAUCCAUUGUUUGUGUGGCUGUUUGUACCUAACAGAAAUCCAAUGGCUCCACAAAAAGCAGCUUUAAUUAUGAAUAAAAUAAAUGAUGUCAAGUAUUUUUUAAGUAAAACAAGGGCAAAAAACAUUUCUUCACCACUGAGAUUUCUGCUCAGGUAUUCAGGUGGAG